AUGAGUGACAUGAGGUUGUUUAUCUAUCGUAAUGAGGCGGGAUCGGAGGGCAAGGUGAUGAAUAUCAAGUCAAAAGAUAAUAUUGCACGAUUAAAGAAAGGAGCAAGCAAGAAAUUAGGUAUACGUGCGAAACGAUUAUUUCUCGCGAGCGGUGCUGAGAUCUCGGAUGUGAACGAGCUACAAAACAAUGACACGUUGUACGUCUCGCAGGGUGAGGCCUUUUACAAGUCUUUAGGCCCUGCGUGCGGUCAGCAGACUUUCCACAUGUCUGUUCUAGGGUCGGGUGGCGUCGGCAAAAGUGCACUAACAUUGCGCUUUGUAAGAGAUUACUUUGCAAAAGAUUGGGACCCGACGAUUGAAGAUGCUUAUCGAAAAGCAAUUACGGUGGAUGACGGAUUGUGCAUGCUAGAGAUUCUGGACACUGCAGGACAGGAUGACUUUGAAUCACUGAGAGGACAGUGGAUGAUGGACAAGGAUGGCUAUGUUUUUGUAUAUAGUAUGGACUCGCGGAUUUCUCUUCAUGAAUUGCAACCUUUCUUUGAUCUGCAUCUCCAGAUUAACGAGAGCCGUCGUCCACUUCCGCCUAUUAUCCUCGUGGCCAACAAGAAGGAUGUGGUGGAUCGCGACCCUAGCAAAUGCCAAGUGAGUACGGAGGAAGGCCGACGAAUAGCACACUCGUACAAUGCGCGCUAUAUAGAAACGAGUGCGUUAACAGGAGCAAACGUGACUGCAGUAUUCGAGACAUUUGUGCGUGAAGUGCGUCGGAAGAAAGUGCCCAAGCCAAAAAAGACGACACAAACGCCAGCGGCUAUGGGCGAGGGUCACACUCAAGCACCAGUAUCGACACUAUUAUUAGUAAAUAGACAGUAG